AGUAACAGCCAUUUUGGCUGAAGCCCAGACAAAGACAGCACGACAGCUGGUGCCAUCUCGAACGAUCCCAUGGCACCUCAGAUGUCCAAGACAGCGGCUGUCGCUGCUGUAGCGGGCACUGCCUUUGUGGCUUUGCCAAGUCGUCAGACUUCCACACCCACUUCCACACCCGGAUCCGCUCGCUCCGCUCUUCGGGGAGCUGCCGCUUCCAACGGUACCAGCGCUAUGAUGAGCACGGUGGGUGUGGUCUUGGGCGCCACUGCUGUCGCUGCGCUGCGCAAGGACACCAAGAACGGCAAACGUGCUACAGCUACGCAGCUCUCUGCUUUUGAGAAUGAGCUUGGCGUGCAGGCGCCCCUGGGCUUUUGGGAUCCCGCAGGGCUCUCCAGUGACGGAGAUGCCAGGGAAUUCUACCGCCGACGUGUUGUUGAGAUCAAACACGGCCGAGUUUCCAUGUUGGCUUGCACAGGAUACAUUGUUCAGGAGUUUUUCAGAUUCCCCGGCUUCAUCUCUCCUUCCAGCGAACUCAAGUUCACGGAUAUCCCCAACGGACUUGCUGCAGCCACCAAAGUUCCUGCAGUUGGUUGGUUCCAGUACACCAUCUUCUGCGGAAUUUGUGACCUUUGGCUGAUGCACCAGGUCCCAACCAACCCUCCGGGAAAGUUGUGCACUCGCCUCUUUGGUGAGGGAGCCACCAACUACGAAUACGGCUUCUUGGGCCUUCCAGGAUACUUGGGUGGCAAGGCCAUCGAGGAUGCUGAGAUCAAAAAGAAGAAGCUCAACGCGGAAAUCGCCAAUGGACGUUUGGCCAUGAUGGCCAUCAUCGGCAUGUUCUUCCAAGAUGGGCUUACAGGAUCUGCUUGGGGUGAUUGGGCCAACUACACCGAGUCCCCUUUGCGCGCCUUUGAAAGCGAGCUGGGAGUCCAGGCGCCACUGGGCUACUUCGACCCCAUGGGUUUGUCGAAGGAUGGCGAUGUGGAGACCUUCCGUCGUCGCCGGGAGUGCGAGUUAAAGAACGGCCGGGUGGCCAUGUUUGCGACGAUGGGAUACAUGGUUCCGGAAUACUUCAAAUUUCCGGGAUACUUGGCACCUUCUGCCAACCUGAAGUUCGCAGAUGUGCCCAACGGCUUGGCGGCUAUCACGAAGGUGCCUGCUGAAGGUUGGUUGCAGUGGGUGGCCCUUUGUGGUUGCUAUGAGUUCUGUGUGAACACUCCAGUGGACCCUGCGGAUCCUGGAAACUAUGGCAAGGGAAAGCUCGGCUAUGGCAACAUGGUCUUGGGCAUCUCUGCGGAACCCAUGCAGGACGCUGAGGCGCGAAAGCGCGCCUUGAACUCGGAGUUGGCCAACGGACGCCUGGCGAUGAUGGCCAUCGUUGGGCUUUGGGUGCAGGACGGCUUGUUCGGCACUCCUUAUGGGCUUUACACUGGCUCUUCCGCCUUCGAGAGCGAGCUUGGCGUGCAGCCGCCCGUGGGCUUUUGGGAUCCAUUGGGUUUUACCAAGACUGACGACGCCGCCUCCUUCCGCCGUCGUCGCUAUGUGGAGCUGAAGCAUGGCCGUGUGGCCAUGUUCGCAUGCAUGGGCUACAUUGUGCCAGAGUACUAUCGUUGGCCAGGUGACCUUUCCCCUUCUUUGGGCCUGAAGUUCAGCGAUGUGCCCACUGGCUUCGCCGCUUUCAGCAAGGUGCCCUUGAGUGGCUGGGCUCAGAUGGUGGCCUUCGCGGGCACUGUGGAGCUCUUCCAAUACACCGACGAUCCCAAGCGUGCUCCGGGCGACUUCGCCAACGCUGGCUUCUUGGGUGUGCCCAACAGCUUUGUGAAGGCGCCUGAGGGCACCAAGGAGAAGAAGUUAGCCGCCGAGAUCGCCAAUGGACGUUUGGCGAUGAUGGCCAUCAUUGGCAUGUUCUUCCAAGAUGGGCUUACAGGAUCUGCUUGGGGUGAUUGGGCCAACUACACCGACUCCCCUUUGCGCGCGCUGACUCCAGCACAAGAGUGCAUUGCCGGCACAGGCGGGCCUUUGGCUGAUAUGUACUGGGAUCCUGCAGGUAUCACUGCAAAGAAGAGCAAGGAGGAGAUCUUGCAGCUCCGUGCUCAGGAGCUGAAGCAUGGACGUGUGGCCAUGCUGGCGGUCAUCGGUUGGUUUCACGUGGCCGGCGGAUUUCACAUCAUCGGAGACUAUGCCGUUGGAGUUCACUUGGAUGACAAUCCCUUGGUGAGCCUUACUCAGAUGCCCAUGGGCGGUAUCUGGCAGGUGGUCUUUACGAUCAUGUGCCUUGAGUGGCUGACCACCUACAUUUGCAAGCCUCCGGCUGAGAAGCCUUGGGACAUCCUGGGUUGGUCGGACAUUCUCCUCGAGGAUGAGAAGAGCAUCUGGAACCAGUUCAGGAAGGCUGAGCUGCAGGAGUUGAACAACGGCCGCCUGGCGAUGAUGGCCAUUGUCGGGCUGAUUACCCAGGAUGUUCUCUUUGGCGAUUAUGGGCAGAAGUUUGCAGCUCUGAACUGGGACAAGAAUUUCUUCCCCCCAGACCAGGGCAUCUAUGAGCCUUUUGCCACCUUCUCUUACCCGACGAUCUUCCCAGAGCUCUGAGGAGGUAGGGAAACGUAGUUAGGGGGCCGAAGAAAGAGAUCGGGUUUCACUAGACGACCGCUUCUGGCGGCGAUUUUUUUGGAAAAAGGAGUCCAGUUGCUGGACAUGUGCCAUGCAUCGCUGCGUGUGUGUGUGUGUUACUCUCGAACUUUGAGGAUGGGAGCAGCUGACUAGUGAGUAGUGGGGUUCAUCACACGGCAGCGCACAGUUUCUGGAGUUCAAGAUCCGAGCUGAGUUGGCAUAAUUAAGCUCAAAGGAGUGUGUUGUUCAAAGAAUGCGUCCAAGUUACGUUGCUCUAGAAAGAUCCGUAUGUUGCAUCAACCACUCUGCUUGUAGACUCAGUCACCUCAUUCACCUCAUGUUGGUCUCGUUUGCUCUCGGGCACAUUUUGAGCAUCAAGCUGCCGCAGCUGGA